AGACAGAGAAGAGCAGUGCGUGAAGAUGGCCAGGACCAAGCAGACCGCCCGUAAAUCCACCGGAGGAAAAGCUCCCAGGAAGCAGCUGGCGACCAAAGCUGCCCGAAAGAGCGCCCCGGCCACCGGCGGAGUGAAGAAGCCUCAUCGCUACAGGCCCGGCACCGUGGCUCUGAGAGAGAUCCGUCGCUACCAGAAAUCCACUGAGCUGCUGAUCCGCAAGCUGCCUUUCCAGCGCCUGGUCAGAGAGAUCGCCCAGGACUUCAAGACCGACUUGCGCUUCCAGAGCUCCGCUGUCAUGGCUCUGCAGGAGGCCAGCGAGGCUUACUUGGUCGGCCUGUUUGAAGACACCAAUCUGUGCGCCAUCCACGCCAAGAGGGUCACCAUCAUGCCCAAGGACAUCCAGCUAGCCCGCCGCAUCCGCGGAGAGAGGGCUUAAUCUGGUUUCAGCCCA